GUAGGGCCCCUGUGCGCAGGCGCCCUGAGGAUCCCGGGCUGCCCAUCUCACGCCAGGGGGCGGAAUUUCCUGCAGCCUCUCUGCCUCCGCAUCCUCGUGGGCCCUGACUUUCUCUCUGAGAGCCGCGCAGAGGCUCCGGAGCCAUGCAGGCCGCAGGCCAGGGCACAGGGGGUUCGACGGGCGAUGCUGAUGGCCCAGGAGGCCCUGGCGUUCCUGGUGGCCCAGGGAGCGAUGCUGGCGGCCCAGGAGAGGCGGGUGCUGCGGGCAGCGGUGGUCCCCAGGGCGUCGGGGCGUCAAGGGCCUCAGGGCCGAGAGGAGGCGCCCCGCGGGGCCCGCAUGGCGGCGCGGCUUCAGGGCUGAAUGGAUGCUGCAGAUGCGGGGCCAGGGGGCCGGAGAGCCGCCUGCUUGAGUUCUGCCUCACCAUGCCUUUCGCGACACCCAUGGAAGCAGAGCUGGCCCGCAGGAGCCUGGCCCGGGAUGCCCCACCGCUUCCCGUGCCAGGGGUGCUUCUGAAGGAGUUCACUGUGUCCGGCAACAUACUGACUAUCCGACUGACUGCUGCAGACCACCGCCAACUCCAGCUCUCCAUCAGCUCCUGUCUCCAGCAGCUUUCCCUGUUGAUGUGGAUCAUGCAGUGCUUUCUGCCCGUGUUUUUGGCUCAGCCUCCCUCAGGGCAGAGGCGCUAAGCCCAGCCUGGCGCCCCUUCCUAGGUCAUGCCUCCUCCCCUAGGGAAUGGUCCCAGCACGAGUGGCCAGUUCAUUGUGGGGGCCCGAUUGUUUGUCGCUGGAGGAGGACGGCUUACAUGUUUGUUUCUGUAGAAAAUAAAACUGAGCUACGAUUCCGUGUCUGAGUCUCUUUUCGGCGAGCGAAGGCACCUUCGGACUUGCAUGCCCUUGUCCUCGGGUUGCAGGGGAGGCUCUGGGAUUCACAGAUUGAAGUAGCACAAGGUAACGGGAGGCAAUUUGGGAAAUGGGGGAAAACGAAAAGCCACUGGGUCCCGCCAUUCAGCAUUAACUACUGUGAACAUUUUAGAAUAUU